AUGGCGUCCGACACCUCCAUCCGCGAGGAUCUCCUCUCGCGCCUCGCAGACCAACCACGCUACAUCAUGACCGGCAUGAUCAAAAUCUCGAACCCUGCCACUUCCUCGACCAUCGCCCGCACCUCAGAUCCCUCCAGUUCUCUAGGAAGACUCGAUGUGCUUCCACUCGAAAUACUGCACUACACUUUCUCGAUGCUGGACCUCAGGACACUGUCGAGCAUCUCGCAGACCUGUCUUCGUGGGCGAGGAGUCAUCAAGUCGAUGCCGGAAUAUCGCGACCUCAUUCGCUACGCACCAAGCACCAUGACGGCUUUGGGCUUGACCAGACUCAUCGAGUACCAUUCGGCCUACGACCUUCACACCCCGCUUUUGGCCAGCGAAUGCGCCUCCUGCGGGGAGUUUGGGCCCUUCCUGUUCCUUCUCGCUUGCGAGAGAUGCUGCUAUGGAUGUCUUUGGAGCAACAAGCCUUCGUCGGUCAAGAAGCUGCCCACGAUGCGCAGUCUUCCUGGCACGUACUGGGCCCGUCACGAAAUCACGCGCAUACGACGACUUCGUCUUGUAAGCGUCAAAGCCGCAAAGGAACUUGCUCUGGGCGAAGGAAAGACUGUGAGAGCUCUGACACAGAAUCUGGAAGACAAGAGAGCCGGUGGAGGCUUAAAGGACUACUACAUGCGUGCAUGA